GGUCGGGUGGGGUCGGGUGGGGUCGGGUGGGGGCCGAUGGGCCAGGAGGGCGGAGGCCGUGAGCUCCAGGUCGGUGGAUUGCGAGCCUGGAGUGGAUUGCCCGGCCUGGAGAGGGACUGGCGGCCUCCUUCUCUCCUCCUCUUCCUAGCAUCACCUGCCUCUGUUUCUCUCUGGGGGAGAGUGGGAGGAGAGCCCUGGCCAGGGCAUGGAGGAGCGGGGAGCAGCACCACUAGUCUCAAAACCCGUUUCUCACCUUGGGUCAGGCCCUGACCCUCUCAGUGUCCCUGGUUUUAAAAUGAGGCUGUGGGACUGAUGGAUUCUCGGAACCCUAGACUCUGAGUGGAUGCUUCUAGGGUAUCUGAGUUGCUGGGGAGCAGGGACCCCAUCCUCAGUACAGCCCUUUCAGCGCCAGUUCCCUGACCUCUUUUCACAUCAGCCUCCCACUCCGGGGCCACACUGGGAACCUUAUCAACAGCAUCUGCACCUCCUUUGAUGUCCCCAGCCACAAUCUCUUCCACUUCCAGCCACUUGAGUCACUUCCGCUGUAUCUGUUUUUCACCAUCUUUGGGUUUCCUGUCCAUUGCUGUCUCUGCUUUCCCCCUCGCUAUCAAUCUGCUUUUUCCCUAUCCUGACCCGUUACCUCGGCAUUCUCAAAACGAUCCUCCCUCCCCGAGUCCUGCUCUCCUUCCAUCUGAUGAAACCUCAAGCCAAAUCAGUCCACCUACACACGGGUACUGAAGAAGUCUUGGCCAGCCACACACCUUGGUGUAACAGAAACACGAGAGAGAAAAUAGAAGCCAUCAUAUGGAAACUUCCUCAGCCUUCUGCCAUCAGACCUGCAAACUUGCCUGCCUACGCUUCCUUGCUUUCCUUCCUCCCUCCAGUUCUAAUGUCUUCUGAUUCUCUCCAAGAGGUUCAGCUGGGAGACCCCUCACACACAGGUGAAGGUGUGGCUGUAGAACCUCAGACUCCCUGGUCUCCUCAGGAAUGAAGGUCAUUGCCGUCCUCACGCUCCUCCUCUCCUGCUCCCCCACCCACAGCAGUUUCUGGCAGUUUCAGAGGAUGGUCAAACACAUCACGGGGUGGAGUGCCUUCUUCUCAUAUUACAGAUAUGGCUGCUACUGUGGGCUUGGGGGCAAAGGGAUCCCCGUGGAUGACACUGACAGAUGCUGCUGGGCACAUGACUGUUGCUACGAGAAGCUGAAGGAGUUCAGCUGCCAGCCUGUGUUGAACAGCUACCAGUUCCACAUCGUCAAUGGCACAGUGGUUUGUGGAUGCACCCUUGGUCCUGGUGCCAGCUGCCACUGCGGGCUGAAGGCCUGUGAGUGUGACAAGCAAUCUGUGCACUGCUUCAAAGAAAGCCUACCCACCUAUGAGAAAAACUUCAAGCAGUUCUCCAGCCGGCCCAGGUGUGGCAGACAUAAGCCCCGGUGCUAGGGACACCACAGGGUCCCUCUCAUCAUCCAGCAUCUGCUCUAGUGUUGCUCUUCCAGGAAGCCUUCUCAGAUCAUCCCCGACAGGCCCCUGUUCUUCCACUGGGAGGGAGGACAAAAUGUCUCCCGCAGGGCAGCUCACCCUUCAGCAUUCUGACCAUGGGGACUCCCUGUCGUUCAGCAUCAGAGGACUGGAGAGCAGAAAUGGGAAAGACAAGAUGCCUGCCCUGCAGGAGCUGGCAUUCUGUGGAGCGGGGAGGACUACAAAUGCAUGGAUAUAGAAGUAAGAGACACAUUAGACCAUAGUAAGUGCUAUGAUGCAGUAAAACAAAGGGACGGGAUAGAGAUGCAUCCAACCCCACAUCUCAGGGUUUCCAGGAGGGGAGAAGCCCCAGGAUCUACCCCAAACUCUCUCUUCACCCCCACUGCAAACCAGGACACAGAGCAGACUUGAGCACCAGGCCCAUGCCCAGCUCUAUCUGGGAACAAAGCCACCACUUUCCUUGCCCCCCUGUGUCCUCAUUUUUCAUGAUGUCAUUCUUAGCUUUUCUUAUCAAGAGGCAGAAUCUGUUUUCCCCACCCCAUGAAUCUGAACUGGUCUUGUAGUUUAGUUUGGUCAAUAGAAUGUUGUGGGAGGGAUGGUUUACCAGUUUUGAGCUAGGCCUCAGGAGGUCUAGGGCAUGUCUACUCUCUCUUAGGACAGCUGCCCCCACCCUGUGAAAAAGCCUGGGCUAGCCUGCUGGAGGAUGAGAGCCCACCUGGAUCAGUUGUCUCAGCUGGUUUCAGACACAUGAGAGAGAGCUCAGCUUCUAGCUGACUACAGAUGUGUGAGGGAACCUGGCUGAGACCAAAACAACUGUCCAGCUGAGCCCAGGCUAAACUGCCAACAUGCAGAAUUGUGAGCUAAAUAAAGGCUGCUGUUAUAAGU